GGACUUCCUGGGGGAGGGGGAAAGUAUCACUUCCUCCUCCGUUGGUCACCUUUGAAAAGCUACGAGGGAGGAGAUUCUGCAGGCCUGAAAACUGUGCCUUUUGCAAGGAGAAUCCCUCCCAGGAACCUGCAGCUUCUGAGCUCUUCAGAAAGGAUGGAAGAGGCUGAUCCUGCAAACCUAGCGAGGAUGGAAGGAGGAAGAUGGACGGUUGACCUAGUCAGGCUGCCUCCUGCAUCCCUCCCCACAACUUCUGACCGUUCUCUCCCAGGACCCUCAGAGAGAUCUGCAGGUGAUGAACAGGACAGUCCUCGUUCUUGGGGCUCAUCAGAAAGAACCAAGCAUGAAGUCAAAGGAAGGACCUUUCAAGAUCAAGAGGAAACAGGAUCACAGGUGAAAAGCCUAGAAGAAAAUGGGAGAAAUAUAGGCCUUCUAACACAGACUGAUAAUGUUCAUCCAAUCCCCGUCCAGAAAAAACAUCACAAGGGGAAGAGCACAAAUGAUAGCCCUUCAUGUGACAAACCAUUCAAAUCUAGCUUGAACUCACCCUGCAGAAUCCACACAGAGGAAACACCAUGUAAAUGCUUGGUGUGUGGAGAGAACUUCAGUGACAGCUCAGGCCUAAAAUCACAUAAAAGAAUUCAUGCAAGACAGGAAUCCUACGAAUGCCUAGAAUGUGGAAAGAGUUUCAGUGACUACUCAUACCUUAGUCAGCAUCAGGAAAUCCACAGCAGGGUGGACCCAUAUACCUGUUUUGAGUGUGGAAAAAGCUUCAUUUCCAGAUCAGGCCUUGUAUAUCAUGAAAAAUGUCACACAGGAGAGAAACCAUAUACCUGUUUUGACUGUGGAAAGGCCUAUACUAAGAGCUCAGACCUUGUGUAUCACCAAAAAAUUCACACAGGGGAGAAACCGUAUACCUGUUUUGACUGUGGAAAGAGCUUCCGUCAAAACCAAGGUCUUCUUGUUCAUCAAAAAAUCCACACAGGGGAGAAGCCGUAUAAAUGUUUGGAGUGCGGAAUGAGCUUCGCUCACAGCUCGAGCCUUACAUCUCAUCAAAGGAUUCACACAGGAGAGAAAUCAUAUAAAUGUUCAGAGUGCGGAAGAAGCUUUGCUCACAGUGCUAGCCUUACUUCACAUAAGAGAACCCACACAGGGGAGAAACCUUAUAAAUGCUUGGAUUGUGGAAAGAGUUUCAGUCAGAGUUCACACCUUAGUUCACAUAAGAAAACUCACACUGGUGAGAAGCCAUAUGAAUGUUUGGAGUGUGGAAAGAGAUUCAGUCAGAGUUCACACCUUACUGUGCAUGUGCGAUUCCAUACAGGAGAAAAACCAUAUAAGUGUGUGACGUGUGGAAAGAGUUUCUGUACUAACACAGAGCUUAUCUGCCAUCGCAGGAUCCAUACAGGGGAGAAGCCAUAUAAGUGCUUUGAGUGUGGUAAAACCUUCAGCCAGAGUUCAAGCCUUAGUAUGCAUCGAAAAAUUCACAGUGGGGAGAAACUGCAUGCAUGUUUUGAGUGUGGGAAGAGCUUCACUACGAACGUCAAGCUUUUAAAUCAUCAAAAAACUCACACAGGGGAGAAACCGUAUACCUGUUUUGAGUGUGGAAAAAGCUUCACUUGCAGCACACACCUUACAUCGCAUCUAAAAAUUCACACAGGGGAAAAACCAUAUACCUGUUCUGAGUGUGGAAAAAGCUUUGCUCAUGGACAUCACCUUACUUCACAUAAGAGAAUCCACACACUGGAGAAGCCAUAAAUGCUUGGAAUGUGGAAAGAGCUUCUUACUGUGCAUGAACUUAUUCAUAAAGGAAACAACCAGUUAAUUGUUUGACAUGUGGAAAUAGUUUCUGUACUAGCACAUAACUUGCUUACCAUCACAGGAUCCAUAUAAGUGCUUUGUGUGUGGGAAAACCUUCAGCCUUAGUACACAUCAAAAAAUUCACAGUGGGGAGAAACUGCAUGCAUGUUUUGAAUGUGGAAGGAGGUUUACUUGCAACUUACAUCUUCUUGCUCAUCAGAAAAUCCACAGAGGAGAAAAACCAUACAAAUGGUUGGAGUGUGGGAAAAGGUUUAGGUGGUGGACACAUUUUACUUAUCUUCAAAAAUAUAUAUAUACAGGGGGGAAAUCACAUAAAUAUUGGGAUUGUGAAAAGACACUUUAUAUUCCAUCAAACUUGUAUAUAAUGGAGAUACCAUAAUGAAAUAAUAUCAAGUUAGAAGUGCCCAUAUUUCUUGCUGGUCUUCAAGGAAUUCAGAAAAGAUUAACCCACAUGCAUGACCAACACCCACUACUUAGAGGUGGAACGCCCUCCCAUCAGAUGUCAAGGAAAUAAACAACUACCUGACUUUUAGAAGACAUCUGAAGGCAACCCUGUUCAGGGAAGUUUUUAAUGUUUGAUGUUUUCUUGCACUUUUAAUUUAAUUGUAUUAUUAUGAUUAUGAUUAUUAUUAGGGUCUUUUUCUGUAAGGUGUGUCUGUUCUGACUACUGUAUUUGUUUACCCUUAAUCCUAUGCCCCAAGGGUAAUAAAGAAAAAUAUUGGACACCUUAAUCUAAUGAGUUAAAGGAUCCCUUUUGAUGCCAAAAGCCUGAAUAUCGAGUUGGCGCGACAACUUGGCAACAGACCCACACUACAAGUAUGAAAGGGAGGGGAAGGGAAUAUCUAUCUUAAAUGAAACGAGAUCCCGAGAGCUGUGCCUUUUGCUUGAGAACUCCCCAUCAAUAACCUGUGGCAUCAAGGCUACAGCACCUCUCCCACCCAUUCCUUGGUCCAUCGUCCAGGGAAGCAUAAGUAAGCUGUUCGACAGUGGAAUUUGCUGCCAAGAAGUGUGGUGGAGUCUCCUUCUUUGGAGGUCUUUAAGCAGAGGCUUGACAGCCAUAUGUCAAGAAUGCUUUGAUGGUGUUUCCUACUUGGCAGGGGGUUGGACUGGAUGGCCCUUGUGGUCUCUUCCAACUCUAUGAUUCUAUAAAGCCGGUUCCUUGAGAUCCAUGAAAAGCAUAGAGGGCUCCUUUGAUUUGGGCUGAGUGAUUAAUAAUAAUAAUAAUAUAUUUAUACCCCACCCAUCUGGCUAGAUUUCCCCAGCCACUCUGGGUGGCUCCCAACAGAAUAUUAAUAAUUAUUAAUAUAUAUUAAUAUAUUAUUAUUAUUAAUUAUAGAUGUAAGCCAAUAUUAUUACUUCCCUAAUACCUUUAUGCCGCUGUAACAUUUUUUUCCCUUUAAGUACCUUCUGUUGCUCAUUUUUGUUUCCUUUUGUAAACUAGUUGGUAGUUAAAAGGAUGUAACCCUAGUAAAAAUCGUUAUCCUAUUCGGUUCCCUAAUGUAUAUGCGGUAGCUUCUAUGCAAUAAAGUUUGCUUGAAACACAA